AACAGAGGAAUAUCUCAACUCGAGUUUUAUUUCUACAAACCAGAAGCUACUGACCAUUGUUUCUACAAUGGACAACAAGGUAAGCCAGCUUCACUGACUGGUGGUCAAACACCGGUGUCAUUUACAUGUAAUGUAGUCAUCUCCUCAGUGUGUGGGUCGGUUUUACACCUACCAACAGCCGGUUGUCGUUGCACCUUGGCACACUGAAAAAAAUACUUUUAUUUGAUACAUUUUUGGCUAACAUUAGUAGCUGUAAACAUGAUUCUGUACAAAAUGAAAUAAUCAGCCACUCUUAAUUUUCCUACAGAAAAAAACUAAAUUGUGAUUUAAAUCAGGCAAUUUCUGAACCAAAGAAAAAGAUAAUAAUCCCAGAAACCCACACCACAGACCCAUUCCUUCAUUUAGAUAGGGAUCCAUUUUUAGUACCACUGUUUUUCAGAUUAAGACAUCUUUUUGAAAGUGUAAUGUGUUUGCCGGUGUUGGUAUUUCAUUUCAUAUAAACUAGAUUUACUUAGAGACCCUGUGCGCUCCUGGUACGGUACACCCUGCAACAAAUAUCACAUCUGCAAAGAUGAAAAUGUUCAGUUUUUGGUUUCAGUUGCUUCUUUUAGAUGUUAUUGACUGCUGAGGAACAUCACCAUGACAGAACAACCCCCCCUGGACCAACCAGGGUGUUCUGCUGCAUCGGUGCAGAUACCCGAUACUCUGCAUAUUGACCUGCCGCGUGUUGAUCCACAGGACAUCUGUUUUACCCUCAAUAAAUGUUUGGUACAGAUGACGACACAGCAAUGGAAGUUAAUAACAGGUGGCAUUGUGAGCUGUGCGAUGAUGACUGUGCUGGCCAAUUCUUGCAUGGAUAUUAUCCAGACUUUUGCGGAGGCUAUCCUGGAUGUCGUGAUGCCGCAAGUCUACAGAUACUUGAGAACCUACGGUUCCUUUUCUCCAAGCGUCCUCGAUCUAACUGAGGACCGAAUCCACACCUACCUUGGUGAUUCUAUUGAACAGGCACUGGCUAACUGCCUGAAGAUGAAAGUGCAGAAUUCUGUGGCCACCAAGGUGUUCUCCCAGUUACUUUUGAGACACAUUUCAAAGACAAUCAACUCAGUCUUGGAUUUGUCCACUCAGACACCCAUCCUGGAGUCCAGCCUCCCAGUGUUUUUUGUCAGUGGCUGUGUGACUUCCAUUAAAGACCUUAAAGAUAUGGUUUGUCAGAUUGCCACCAUACUGAUGGAAGCUCUCGAAGGUCAAGGUCAGUCAAGCCAGACUGCAUUGUGUGAACCCAGAGAAGGAGCGGAGUCCCCCGUUUUCUGUUUAAAUUCCAUAUGUAACUUAAAGAAAUUGGUGAAGACUUACAUCAUUCGCAUCGUGAAAGUCCUAAAAAGCAGAGCUCAAAUGCCACACUGUGAAAUGAGCUCUUGGAACCAUAGCGAUGUGUGUAUUAGAGUUGGCACAAACAUACAAAUUUUGACUAUGGAAGACAGGGAAUCACAUGAACAGCAGUCGGCCACAUCUUCCUAUAGCGGUGUGGAUGCCAUACCCGGUGUUGUGCCUAACAGCGACGACGCUAAAUCCCAUUCUGACAACUGUCCCUUCCAUUCAGUUACAAUAAUUGCCGCAACAGAGGACCAUUCUUGUCUUUUAGGUCCCACUGAGAUGGAGUCUAUUAAGAACAUAGUUGACGAACUGGUACAAGCAUUUUGGGAAGAAGAUCUGCAGGGGACAGCGCAGACAGACAGUUAUCAAAAAGCUGUCCACAGUGGGAAGGAGGUCAUUGACAACGUUAAAAUAAGAGAACUCACGGACAAAAUCUUUAAUGUGAUAAUGAGUGGACGUGACUACCAGAUUUCAUUAGUGCCAGCUGGAUCACGCAUAUGCGACACUGUGACCUAUAGAAAGCCGAGGAGAGGGGACUUCUCCAACCCAGGCAUCAUCGCUCAUGCCCUUUACAUGAGGACAGAGGAGCUUGUUACUCGUUGUGCUGUGCAGGUUCUCCUGCUAUCAGGACUAUGCCCGUGGGUGUCUGAUUUUCCGUCUUCACUCACUUUUGACGAAUUGCCUUAUGAUCCUGACUAUAUGCUUGUACCAAGACAAGCAGCAGGAGACUGUGUAGAAAUAGGGUUUGUAAUUCCUCCUUCUCUUCACAAUUCUUCAAUACUGAGUCAAGCUUCUAAUGCCACAUACGAUGCAACCCCUGAGUCGCUGGAACCAACGCAGUCGCAGUUGCUGGGAGGCAUUGUGCACACAUCCCUGUUGAGUCUGCUGGUUGGGGAGAUGCUCGCUGUCAUUGGUAUUAGAGACAGUGAAAUUAUUUUUGAGGUUGUAAAGAAAGCAGUUGAACAGCUUCAAGAUGUGGACCCUGAGGUGUACAACCAUUUCCAUGCCACCCUGAUGGGUCGGAGUUAUAAAGACAUUUACCAGACUGCCAUCACCGACCUCCUGCUGGAGUUUGGUUCUGUACAAGUGAUGCGGGAGGCGGUGAGCUCAGAGGAUCCCAGUUUUGAGGAGGCUAUUUUGAGAGCACUGAGGAAACAGCUGAGAAUUCCUACAUCACCCACCCAGAAUUCCACCCAUCACCCAGUGCCUCAUGGAAAGGAAGCCAAGAAAACAAUCUGGGGUUUCUUCAAGAAAUUUAAAAGAAUGUGCUGCAAAAUAACUUUGAAGAAGGUUGGCAAGACCACCACUGUCAUCUCUCUAACCAGUGACCAGGACGGCAAGGAGUUACAGGACCAUUUGAGUAAAGGAGAACCUCGGAAAGAGCAAACAGAGCAACACCAGUGUUCACUCAUGAGCAGGAUCGCUACCUCCACCAGGAACAGGUGCUCCUCCGCUAAGAAGAUGUUUUCCUCCAUUGCUAGAGCACUGGGCAGACCAUUCGUCGCUUGCUUCAGCCCAAAGAGCCAGUAAAGCUUCAGCACAGAUGGGACUUUGGACUUAGGAGUGGCUAUAAAGAUGUAAAGUUCCACCCAACCUCUGGCUGACUGGAGCUACUACAGGUAAGUUAUCGAGGACCCUUCUCAAAUUUCUAAGAAUGGGGGGAUUGCCACAUAAAAAAUCAGCGGCCACAUAAACCACACACAUGCAUGCACACACACGCGCAGCAGAUGCAGCAACAUCAGCAUAAAGUCCAAUUGUACACCCAACGAAAACAAUAAACAAUAAUACUGAAAUAGGCAACAGGCUACUACAGUCCAAAACUGUAAAUUAGUUUACUUUUGAUGAUUACAGCAGGAGAUGACGCAGCUUGGUGAUGAACAAUGAAAUUAUUUCAUUAUAGUCCAACGAAUCAGUCAGUUCUCUUUCAAAGGAGAGCAGGGACAAAAAGUUUGGUCUGUAUGUCACCAUUGAUGCCCUGAUGCCAGAUUUUAUCCAACUGACAGUUGAAAAGAGUCUUUCUACAGUACAGCUUGUUAUAGGUAGGGUGACAAGGACCCGUAGGAGACGAUUCAUUUUGAGAAUUAUGUCACUGGGGCAUGCGUCGAGCAUCUCAACAAUACCUUAAAAGGUAUUGAGUAUCAAUACCCAGCCCUACUAUUCACUGGAAGAUCCAGCAAAAAAGGAAUCCUUCUGAUUCCACAGCUACGCGCCAGCAAUGUCCAUUUAUUUAUGUAAACCUAUGUUUACGUACCAAAGAGUUGGUAUGUUGGUAUGGAGCUGUCUCUAAUUUCAAUGACUAAGUCUAUAGGGAUGGGUAGGAGCUUCAUAAUAAAAGUCUUACAAUUGUUGGUGAGUGGAAAGUUUUAGUUGUGACAGGUAGUUUAAUGAUUGUUUUACAACAGAAACUUCAUUACAGCUCCAAGCAGAGAAAACAGUGAGUUAGGUGCUUGUAGUAAUUGUAAUGGACAUGGGUGCUUGAUCGAGAUGUGGUUGGGGAAACGUUGAAGAAUCAAAGGAUAUUUCACCAAUUACAUUAUAGGUUACUUUUUAUGCCUGAGUCUGCAGUGUUUUUUGCUUUCAACAUAUUGUGUUUUUUUAUUGCUCAUUUAAAAGUCCAGUGUGUAGGAUUUAGUGGCAUCUAGCAAUGAAAUUGCAGUUUGCAACCAUUUGAGUACCGCUCGCAUUACCCUUCCCUUCCAAGCGUGUAGGAAAAAGUACAGUGGCCGCAAAACUCGCGAAAAACACUAACGGUCCUGUCUAGAGCCAGUGUUAGGUUUG